CAGCCAUUUUAGUUUCAGUUUCGCUCAACUCUCUCAAGCAUUAAGCUCCAUGUGACUGCUUCUCCAGUUUUCUUUAAUGUUUAUGCCUUCGAAAGCAUUGACAUUUCACUCUCCUUUGAAUCAUAUUGGAGUAAACAUCAGGAGUUUUUUGGAAAACUACACCCUGACUCCAGUCUUUAUUUAAAGGGCUUGCUUUUGGCUUGCUGCUGAAUUGUGUUCACACAUAUGGAAACGCACAAGGAGAGCAGUAUAACCAGUGUAGGAGAUGAGACGUAUUCAGCAGUACUGUGUCAAAAACCAGGUGAUCGAUACAGACCAGUUGGAUACUUUUCCACAAAGAUUCCUGUCACUAUUAUUGGGCAACCACGAUGUAUACAAGCCCUCGAUGGUGCAUGGGCAGUGGAUGCUGUUGAGAAUUUGAUAGGAGCACAAACUAUCAUAUUGCACACUCCACACAGUAUAGUGACACUGCUGAACAACACAAACAUCAAAACCAUAACUGACGCAAGAAGAGCAAAAUGGGAAGCAACUUUGUUGAACAAGGAUUUGAGAGUGGAAAUCAUCAGGGACACUUCUCUUUACCCUGCAACAAUGAUGCUGGAACCACAUGAGGGAAUACCACAUGAGUAGGUAAAACAAGUAGAAGAAGAUAGUCUUGGUCCUGUUAAUCCAAUCCCUCUUGAAAAUCCAGACAAAGAGUUAUGGGUCGAUGGAUCCAGUUAUUAUGUAGAUGGAAAAACGACACACUGGAUGGGCUGUAGUGGAAGCUGAUGGAACUGUUGUGAAGAAAGGACCUCUUCCUGGCAAAUUUUCACCACAAGUAGCCGAGCUUGUAGCACUUACAGAAGCUUUUGAAUUAUCUGAAGGAGAACGAGUCAACAUCUAUACAGAUAGUCGAUAUGCUUUUGGUGUGGUCCAUGACUACCUUGCCCCGUGGAAGAGACGUGGACUCAUCACCAGCAGUGGGAGCGAAAUACAACAUGCUUCCAUAAUUCGUCGCUUAAUUACAGUAUGUCACUUACCCAGAGAAGCAGCAGUGAUCAAAGUAAAAUCACAUCAAUCUGACAAGUCCAAAGAAACUCAAGGAAACACGGCAGCAGAUGCAGCAGCUAGAGAAGCAGCUCUACUCCAUCUUACUCCUUUUACCCUGGUAAAGGAAAAUACCAAGGAUAAUCCUGAGCUCCAUCUUCUGUCAUAUCAGUUAAAGACAGAUGAAGAGAAAAAACAAUGGAUAAAAGAGGGAGCGAAAGAGGAUGAUCAAGGUAUCUGGAGAAUUCCAACAGGACAAGUAGUGAUGUCUAUUGGUACAAGAAGAGAACUAAUGCAGCUGUAUCAUGGAAAAGUGCAUGCUGGAGCAAAAACAAUGAAAGCUCAAAUCAGUGAAACUUGGUGGUGGCCACGAAUGAUGAGAGACAUUGAUGAUUAUUGUAGGAGAUGUUUGAUAUGCCUCAAAGCAAAUGUGGGAAAAUCUGUAAAGGUGCGAAUGUCACAUGCAUCCAGACCAACAGGUCCAUGGACACAUCUCCAAAUUGAUUUCACAGGACCUUUAUCACCUAGUGGAGGGUAUCGAUACAUACUUGUAAUCAUGUACAACAAUAAGAAAGUGCGAGAAGCUCAACAGCAAUGGGAUGAAAAACACACCACUACUGACAUUCCACACAUUCCCGAGCUAGGCAGUUUCGUUAUGAUCAAACGAAUUGCUAGAAAGGGUUUAGAGCCUAGAUGGGAAGGACCUUAUGAGAUACUCUUAACAACAGAUACAAGUGUUUGUCUCAAAGAGAAGGGUGUAGGAACAGAUAGAUGGUAUCAUUGGUCACAUGUGUAGCAAAUGCAACAUUUAAUAAUAUACAUAAAAUGUAUUUAAGGGGGCCGAAGGCCAAUUUAGCUAAA